AUGAAUGCGGCGGAGCUCCUCGAGAACUCGCUGUCGCCUAACGCCGAUGUUCGACAGGAUGCCGAGCAGAAGCUUGCCAAUGCGGCUCAGGAGAACUUUGGUGGCUACUUGGUGACGCUGGCCGAGGCAUUGUCGAGCGCGUCGGUCGUGUCGCACCUCCGCAAGGCGGCCGGCCUGGCGCUCAAGAAUGCCCUCACAGCACGCGAGGCCGUUCGGGCGGGCGAGUACGCAAAGCGGUGGACAGAGGUGCCCGAGGAGACGCGGACCAAGGUCAAGCUCGAGACCUUUUCUGUCCUCUCGCAGCCGGAUCACAGCGUCAGCGUUGCGGCAGCCCAGGUGUGCGCGGCCAUCGAGGCAAUUGAAUUGCCGCUGGGAAAGACGGACUUGCUAGAGAUGAUUCUUUCGGCAGUGUCGACGUACGACAACAAGGACCUUCAAAAAGCCUCUCUCGAUGCCAUCGGCUUCAUCUGCGAGGCUUCUGCAGAGCAAUCGUCGAACGCACUGGCGGCAAAGUCGAAUGAGCUCCUCACGGCCGUGAUCCAGGGCGCGAGAAAGGAGGAGACAUCGACGGAGGUGCAGCUUGCAGCGCUCCAGGCCCUCUUCAACUCGCUAGAGUUCGUAAGGGUCAACUUUGAGAGGGACGGCGAGCGGAAUUACAUCAUGCAGGUCGUCUGUGAGGCGACGCAGAGCCCGAACAUUGACAUCAAGGUGGCUGCGUAUGAGUGCCUGGUCCGCAUCAUGCAGCUCUACUACGACAAGAUGAAGUUUUACAUGGAGCAGGCUCUCUUUGGGCUCACGGUACUGGGAAUGCGAGACUCGGAGCCAAAGGUGGCGCUGCAAGCCAUCGAAUUCUGGUCGACGGUUUGCGAGGAGGAGAUCGACCUCACCCUAGAGGCACAGGAGGCGGCAGAGUAUGGCGAGGAGCCGGCGAGGCUAUGCUACAACUUUGCUCGUGUCGCUGCUCGCGAGAUUGUCCCCGUGCUCAUGGAGCUCCUCAAGACCCAGGACGAGGACGCGGAUGAGGACGAGUGGGACGUAUCCAAGGCAGCUGGUGUGUGCACCGGUCUCCUGGCCCAGAGUGUGGGCGACGACGUUGUGCAGUACGCCAUCCCCUUUAUCGAGAGCAACAUCAAGAGCCCGGACUGGCACGCCAGAGAUGCCGCCGUGCUCUGCUUUGGACAGAUCCUCGACGGCCCCCUGACAAAGACGCUCACGCCUUUGGUCGAGCAGGCACUCCCGACAAUCAUUGGCAUGAUGACGGAUCAGAGCGCGGCUGUCAAGGACUCGGUGGCAUGGACUCUUGGCAGGAUCACGGACCUCCUUUGCGAUGUCAUCCACCCGGAUGUUCACCUGCCCGAGCUUGUCAGGGCUGCCAUCGUUGGGUUGCAGGACAAGCCACAUAUUGCCAUGCUCAGUGGCUGGACGCUCAUGAACCUCACUGAGCAGCUUGGAGGCCUCUCGGUGCCCGACGACGACGGCAACCCCGGUCAGACGUCGGUCAUCUCCCGCUUCUUUCCCGACAUUGUCAACAGCCUCGUCGCGGCUACAGACCGGCCCAACAAUGAGCAAAAUGCGCGAACGUCUGCGUACGAGGCCCUGGCAUCGUCGAUGGCCGGAUGCGCAAAUGAUUGCCUGCCCAACGCCAGCUCGGUGCUGGUCACGAUGCUGGACCGCCAAGAGCACCUCAACGGCAUGGCCAACCAGCUCGUCGGCAUGGACGACCGCAACAACUGGUCUGAACUGCAGACCAACCUGUGCUCCGUCAUUCAGGCCAUUGUCAGGAGGCUCGGCAAGGAGGUGCUGCCCUUGAGCGACCGCAUCAUGACAUCGCUUCUGACAACUAUUCAGAACUGCGGCAAGCAGAGCGAAGCCCUCGAGGAUGCUUUUAUGGCUGUUGGUGCCGUCACGGCGGCAUCGGAGGCCGACUUUGAAAAGUACCUCCAGGCCUUUUCGCCAUUCCUCGUUGAGGCACUGCGGAAGCACGAGGAGACGCAGCUGUGCAAGACGGCCGUCGGUCUCGUUGGCGACAUCUGCCGAGCACUGGGGCCCAACGCCGCAAACUACGCCAACGACUUCAUGGUUGUCCUGUUCGAAGACCUGCAGAGCCAGACACUGAGCCGCGAGGUCAAGCCAACGAUUCUUUCGAGCUUCGGCGAUAUCGCGCUGGCCAUCGGCGACAGAUUUGAACCAUUCCUUGCUACGACCAUGGCCGUGCUUCAGCAGGCUGCUGCGUCGAGCGUGACGACUGCGCCCCUCGACUUUGAGAUCGUGGAGUUCUUCAACUCGUUGAGAGAAGGCAUCGCAGAGGCUUAUGUGGGCAUUGUCGGCGGCCUGAGGGCAGCUGCGCCACCCGUGGGUGCAGCAGGGCCAAGCGCAAACGGAAGCGGGCCAGGGGUGGGCCUGCUUCAGCCGUACGUCGAGGCCAUCACCUCGUUCCUCCAGAUUGUCGCCUCAUCGCAGGCCGAGACGUCGGAACCUCUGCUGAGGUCCUCGGUCGGUCUGCUCGGCGAUGUAUGCGAUGCAUUCCCCAACGGAGAGCUCAAGCCGCUGCUGGCGAGACCCUGGGUCGCGGACCUGAUCAAGGCGGCGAGAGCGCGAGGUAAUGGGGCAGACACGAGAAAGACGGCGGCAUGGACAAGGGAGAUGGUCAAAAAGGCCGGGGGUGGGGCCUCGUGA